AUUGAUUUAUUCAUCUUUGGGUCGCCCGUACAAGUUAACGUGCCUUAAAAAACACAACCAACUUUGGUAGGAAACUGAAAUCCCUCACACAAUCCCUAUCGUGUACCCUCAAACUCUCCAAGGCAUCUCUCUCUCUCUCUCUCUUCCAUCCACUAUUUUCACAACCAAUAAUAAUCCCCAAAUCUCUCUCCUCAUAACCGCCAUAAUCGUCAAUGGAGUCCGUCGCCUCCAGUUCCACCCCCCACCACCACCACCCCCACCGCCCCCGCCUCACCGUCUCCCAAUCCUUCUCCGACCGCAUCAUCCGCGCCGUCCGCCACCGCCUCCGCCUCCUCCACCGCUCGGGCUCCCUCUUCUUCGUCCUCGGCGCCACCGGCAACGUCUACACCGUCAACCUCUCCGCCGCCGUCUCCUGCUCCUGCCCCGACCGCGCCAACCCCUGCAAGCACAUCAUCUUCGUCUUCAUCCGCGCCCUCGCCCUCCCCCUCGACGACCCCUGCCUCUCCCGCCGCACCUUCCGCCCCUGCCAGCUCCGCCGCCUCCUCUCCCUCCCCACCGCCGCCGACUCCCUUGCUGCCGCCUCCCUCAGGGACCGCUUCCACCAACUCUCCGCCAAGUCGAGAGACGGUGGUGGCGGCAGAGUGCGGCCGCCUGCUGUGGUGCCGGAGUCGGGCGCCGCCUGCCCGGUUUGCCUGGAGGAGAUGGGGAGGGAGGAGAGGGUGGUGGCGUGUGGCGCGUGCAAGAAUGUGAUACACGAGGAGUGCUUCUUGGCGUGGAAGAGGAGCUGCCGGAGGAGGUCCGCCACGUGCGUGCUCUGCCGAGCACGGUGGCGAAGCGGCGGUGAUGAUCAGGAUAAGUAUUUGAACCUCUCGGCGUAUGUGAAUGAAGAAGACAUGGUGGAGGAUGGAGGAUGCACUUGAUUAAUUACUUAGCUUAUCCUUCAUUUAGAUUUCACUAGACUUAAUUUAGAUUUUAUUUUAUUUGUAAAUACAUGACUGAAUUUAAUCCUGGUCACAAAGGAAGAUUUAUGUUAGCUUUAGUUUAGAUUUGA